GCCAGAGCGUCAAUAGAAAUACUGCCGUGCCCUAUCAAAGAACGGUUCUAGCGAGUGCGCGAGCGACGAGCGUAGGUCGUCGCAUGCCCUCGUCGCAAUAGCGCGCGUCAUUCUCAUCUUCACGCACAUGCGGUUUAAAACUUGUCGGAGGAGCCGUAGGGCGCGCCUUCAGCCAGCCUUUCGAAUCUCGAUCGUGGUCCUUGCGUGCUGCUACGCCUGCUACCUUUACGUGUCUCGGUACGGGACAAUCGUAGAAGAGUCUGGUAGCUCACACAGAUACAGCGCCAUCUACACGCCCAUCAACUUGACACCGGGCGGUGGCGAAAAGGUCAUCCUAAGCUUCGUCUCCAAGUUUCAGCAGCUCACGAACGAAAGAGUCGACCUUCUAGUGAAACCGAAAAAUGUGUGCGUCAAGGUGCAGUGCGUCAAGGUGCUCGCUAAAAAGUUACAGGUGAAUGGCAUAGACUGGAGGAAAUUCUCGGUUAAAGCUGUGAAUCGCGCGAGGCCGAAGUACAAUGUAUGGUUCAGCAUUGCGAACAUUCUAUUGCCGCAAGUUGAGAGUAGAGGUCGAUUAAACAUUUACCACUGCCAGUUUCCCAUGAGCGAAAUCAAUAAAAAUAAGGUGAUCACAGUGAACAAACUCGUCCCAGGAAUAAGACGGUUGACAGGAUAUGACAUCGUAUAUGUAAACUCGCACUACACAAAGUCGUGGUACGAGCGUAUACUCGUCAGUGCAAAAGCUGCGGCUCUUCCGACGAGAAAGUUUACUACAAAGCUCAAGGACAGCUAUGCACCCGAACUUUUCGAGCAAAUUCAUCUGCCGCGGAUUGUACAUUUUUCUCCACCAUUUCAACUUCAAGCCAUGGAAAAGGUGAACUCAUUCGUACUUCAUGGAAAGGGCCGCAACGUGCGCAUCUUGCUGAUCGGUCGUUUUUUCAAAGGUUCGCAGGGGAAAGGUCACCCGUUUGUGAUCAAGGCGUUUUCAAUGUUGAAGAAGUCCUUGCCGGGAGUGCGACUGAAACUUGAACUUCUCGGGCAUGUAGUCAAAGGCCAUGAAAUGUAUUUGCGAUAUGUCCGAUUGCAGGCCCUGUGGACGGGCGGCGUAUACAUAAACGCGAAUGCCGACGAAAAUGCCGUACGCUCCGCAAUACGUGCCGCCGACAUUGUCUGGUCGACAACCGGUAUUCACGAGGAGGGAUUAGAUCCAGGCAACGCUGAGCACUUUGGUCUCGCUUUGCUCGAGUGCAUGAGCGCAGGGCUUGUUCCUGUCGUCGUCAAUCGUGGCGGACCGCGCGAGAUCCUGGAAGGGUUUCCCGACUAUUUGAAAGUAGUUUCAUAUGUUGAAUUAGCCACCAGCACGAAGCAGUUGAUUCUGGCAACUCAUGAAGAGUUCAAAGAUCUGAGCAUGUUGGCGAGAUCGCGUGCUGAACAUUUCUCGACACAGUUUGAUAGUGGCGUGGCGUCGCUGUUCACUUUGUUUGGCCAGAAGCUGACGCCACAAAACCGAGACGUGUGGUUUGCGAUUCGUGCGAGGAUUGCGAGAUACGAGCGAGGAUUUCCGUUAGAGCCAGCUUUAGAUAUAAACGCCUGCCCGUCUAUUCACGAAGACAUGAAGGCGAUAUUAUACUUUGACGACAGGUACGAGUAUGCCUUAAGGGCGACGGCCACUCAACUUGUGCAGAAAUUAGGAGAGGAGUGGAGAUUUCACGUGUGGCAUACGGAUUCGAACGUCGUGUUCGUCAGGGAUAGUCUUCAAGGUUUCGACUGCGUCGUUUAUCAUUCUAUCAGUUCAUUAAUCGACACGAAACACGGCUUUGAUCCCCGUUACAAGAGCAAUUACAACCGUGUUUGGAAGUCAGAAGAGUUUUGGUUGUCCCUUGGAAAGAAUGUGAAACACGUUCUGACAUUUCAAUCCGAUGCGUGGUUCCCGCCUCUAGGGAAAUUUAGGACAGACUGGUUGCAGCUCGAUUAUAUAGGAGCCCCUUGGUGCCACGAAGGAAACUGGGGUUACUUGGACAUCGAUGCGAGACCAGAAGAAGCGGUGCGCAUGUUACACGACACGCGAAAGAUCCCACACGACGUCCGAGUGGGAAACGGGGGCGUAUCGCUUCGAAAUUCGCAAACAAUGCGAGUGAUUGCACGAGAAUAUGCAGAGAACACUACUUCACAGGAAAAUGAAGAUGUGUAUUUUGUAUUUUAUCUAAACCAGGAUAAAUACACGAUAGCGGACAUCACAGAGGCAACCGCUUUCAGUUUGGAAGUGAUGUGUAAGGAUAUCGUUCAGCACCAAAGUUACUUAUCUGGGCACUUCAAGGACGCGCCGGUGCCAUUUCUGUUGCACAAACCAUUCGAUAUCUUCAAGCAGGUGCAUCAGAAAGGCGAAGUUGACUAUGACUCUUUUUUGAACUUUUUUUUCUGAAUGACUUGUCGUGUCUGAAAGGGCACAGGACAUCGUGCGGGGAUGGGGAGCUUUGCCACUCUCACUUCAACGCAACCACUGCACGUGCCAUAUCCGCUUCUUCCUUUGCCGCUGUCUCUGCAUUUGCUGAAGAUGUACGUGUGGGUGACCUCCAGGAAACGACCCGCGAAUUUAUGAAAGCGGUAGGCGACGAACUAACACAGCGCAGUGACGUAAUAGAUAAUCCAAGACCCCAGCUCAACGCUCGUCUUCAAUUAUGUGGGUUGUUAUUCGGCCCGGAGACGAAGAAGAAUUUUGCGAAGCCCGCUUAAGAAUAUAUCACUGAUGACGAUCGCGAGAGGGUCCCAAGCUCUGUCCUUUUUGAAUUUUUCGCAACUGCGUAGUGGAAGGCGCUUGUAUUUCUUUUCAUCUCUUCACACC